GACAGACAACUGUCAAAAAAGAAAAGAAGAAUUGUGUUCGCGAGAGUAGAAAUACGACAAAAAAGUAUUUUUUGUAACUUUUUCUUCUUUUUAUUUUUGCUACAACCAAAAAAGCAAAUACACUUUUUUCUUAACCGACCUCAACAAUUUGAAAAUAAUUUACAUAUAUUUUUUAUAAAACAAAACCUACAGUUUGUAACAAAUAAUAAAUGGAAAGUUAAAGAAAACAACGCGCUAAAGCAUAAGCGCUGGGUGAAAAGAUUACCAAAGGAAUGUAAUCACUGCAAGAAAAAAAACGAAAAAAAAGGUGUUUAAAACGAAUUUAAAACAAAAAUGCAGAGAUAUGCCACAAAAUAAUCAAAUAACUCUUUGACUAAAUCCUAAAAAAAUAUUACAACGGAAACGGCUAGUUUUUCUUCAUAUUCAAUUAAAAUCAAAAAGAAAAACUAGUGGAACGGCCUCGCAAAAAAAGGUGGUAAGGUGUGAUAUAAAUAACAUCGACGAUACUACUCAUCCUACUAAUGGCUACAUUUUCCUAAAUACGUGAUAAGAUUAUUUUUUAAUAAAAUUAAAAAAGAAAACCAACAUUUAAUUCAAUAAUAAUCUAACGAGAUCAUACUUUUAAAGUUUUUGAUCAAGUUGUUAUCUAUCACCCGACGGGGGAAUUGUUUAUUUUGGAAUUUUUAAAGUUCUAAUUUCGCUACAUAUACUUUUUUAAUACAUAUAUAAAAUAUACAAAUUAAGGCAUUCUUAGAAUGCAUAUAAAAAGUCUGCAACAUGCUCAUGCUGCUGCAGCAGCGGCAGCAGCCAUGCCAAACUGUGAAAUUGUAAUCGUAUCAUCUUCGCCUAAUCAUAAUAACAACAAUAAUAAUAAUAAUAACAAUAAUAACAACAAUAACAAUGAAAGUACAAAUGGUGGAUCGAGUAAUGGCAGUGGAGGCGGCGGUGGUGCUGCUGGUGUUGCUAACAAUGGUCACCAACAUCAACAACAGCAACACGGUUCCUCAGCCCCAACACCUACUGAGAUUCCAAUACCGUUUAUGCAUUUGGCAGGAGUAACAGCAGAGGCUCAUGCCGCAGCUCAAGCUGCCGCUAUGGCUGCAGCACAAGCGGCGGCCGCUCAAGCAGCUGCUGCCGAACAGGGUGGAGGCAAUGCUCCACCACCGGGCAGUGCUCUGGCCCAUCAUCAUGCCAUAUUACAGCAACAUCCCUUGGCUCAUCUAGUGGCCACUGCUGCACACAGUCCUGCUCUAUCCGAACAACACUUUAUAGCCCGCGAUGCUACCGUCUUGACUAAUGGCCACAAUGGCAACUCAACGUCGGCAUCGGGUGGACCUGCCCCCGAAAAACCAUUUCAGUGUAAUGUCUGCGAAAGACGAUUCCGCCAAUUGAGCACUCUCACGAAUCAUGUAAAAAUCCAUACUGGAGAAAAGCCGUACAAAUGUAAUGUUUGUGAUAAAACCUUUCGUCAAUCGUCCACUUUGACUAAUCACUUGAAAAUACAUACCGGUGAGAAGCCAUUUAAUUGUACCUAUUGUCCGAAACAUUUUCGUCAAUUGAGUACAUUAACAAAUCAUUUAAAAAUUCAUACAGGCGAAAAACCUUUUGAAUGUGCCGUUUGUAAAAAACAAUUCCGUCAAUCUAGUACUCUUAAUAAUCACAUAAAAAUUCAUGUUAUGGACAAAGUCUACGUACCCGUAAAGAUUAAAACUGAGGAGGAAGAAGGGUGACUAGAGG